AUGCGACCUAAAGCCUGUGGAGCGCGACCGCUGGGAUGGCUCGCCGGUCGUACUUUUGGCGAACUGGUUGAGUUGGUCUCUUCCAUCUUUAACUUCAAUGAAUUGCCGGAAGACAAGGGAAAACGCACUCGUGAUGCUAUUCAAGGAAAAACCGUCAACAGCCCAAUAAGCUGUCCUAGAAUGAAACCCGACGUAUAA